GGACGGCCGCACGCAUGCGCACGGCGGCCGCGCGCUCCCCCGGCCCCGCCGGAGGCGGCCUGACAGGCGCGGCGGCAGGGAGGGUGGCGGCGAGGGCGGCCCCGGCCUAGCAGAAGGGAGUAAGUCAUAAGAAGAUCCGUACAAGGGUGAGUUCUAAGUUUCAGAUGUGGAAGAUUGCAACAAAAAGAAAUGGUGAGGAUUUCUGUAUUGCUCUUACAUUGUACAAAGAUGACUCAAAAAGAAUCUUCUUAAAAGAAAAAAACCCCACACCAAAACUGAGAAAAAGCUGCAAGUCAUUUAAUGACUAAGUAAGGUCUCCAUUCUCAUGAUUUAUCUGAUAUGCUUCUCCUGGAGCCAUGGAUGAAUACAACCGCUUUGUGGAUUGGGACAAAAUGGAUGUUGCUGUCCAGAGCCAGGAUGCAAAGGAGCUAACCUGCACGGAGUUCCAGGAGCUCAAGCAGCUGGCCCGCCAGGGCUACUGGGCCAAGAAUCACUCUCUGAGGGCCAAAGUGUACCACAAACUAAUCAGCAAUAUCCCAUGCCGCACAGUGACCCCAGAUGCAAAUGUGUACCGGGACAUUGUUGUGAAGAUCAUUGGAAAACGUAACAGUAGCUCCCUUCCACUGCCAGAGUUUGUGGAUAACAGCCUGGUCCCCACGUACUGUUUGAACGCAGAAGGCAUUGGGGCAGUGAGGAAGAUUAUAUUGUGCAUUGCUAAUCAGUUCCCGGACAUAUCGUUUUGCCCAGCACUGCCUUCUGUGAUAGCUUUGCUCCUCCACUACAGCAAAGAUGAGGCAGAGUGCUUCGAACAGGUUUGUCGCAUCCUUGCUUGCAAUGACCCAUCUAAGCGGCUCAUUGAUCAGACGUUCUUAGCUUUUGAGUCAUCCUGCAUGACCUUUGGAGACCUGGUUAACAAGUACUGUCAGGCAGCACAUAAGUUGAUGGUGGCGGUGUCUGAGGAUGUGUUGGAGGUAUACUCCGACUGGCAGCGCUGGCUCUUCGGAGAACUGCCUAUGGUGUACAUUGCUCGGGUCUUUGAUGUGUUUCUGGUGGAGGGCUACAAAGUUCUCUAUCGUGUUGCACUGGCCCUUCUGAAAUUUUUUCACAAAGUCAGAGCUGGGCAGCCCAUGGAGUCUGACAGCAUACAGCAAGACAUUCGAGCUUUUGUGAGAGACAUUGCCAAGUCAGUGUCUCCAGAGAGGCUUCUGGAAAAAGCCUUUGCUAUCCGCCUUUUCUCACGGAAGGAGAUCCAGCUUCUGCAGAUGGCCAAUGAGAAGGCUUUGCAGCAGAAGGGCAUCACAGUCAAACAGAAAAGUGUUGCAUCUCCCAAAAGGCAGAAUGUGCACUUGGCAGUUCAUGCUGAGAACUUCAAGUCUGAAAUUGUCAGUGUGAAAGAGAUGCGAGAUAUCUGGUCAUGGAUCCCAGAGCGAUUUGCACUUUGCCAGCCCCUCCUGCUUUUCACCACCUUGGAACAUGGCUGUAGUCUGAGCAGGUUCUAUUCUCACAGUGAGGGACAUGAACCAACUCUUCUCCUCAUCAAGACCACAACAAAAGAGGUCUGCGGGGCUUAUCUGUCCACUGACUGGAGCGAGCGCAGGCGAGGAGGGAACAAGCUGAGUUUCUUUGGAACUGGGGAGUGCUUUGUAUUUAGGCUGCAGCCAGAAGUGGAACGCUAUGAGUGGGUGAUCAUAAAACAUCCAGAACUGGCCACAGCUGGUUCAGAGAUGGAAAAUCAUGCCUCACCAGCUUCCAGCACCCUCUCUUCUGGCAGCGUCCCAUCGGACCCCUCAGAUCGCCUUUCUCCCUUCUUAUCAGCUCGCCACUUCAACUUGCCUUCCAAAACAGCCUCCAUGUUCAUGGCUGGCAGCAGUGAAUGCAUCAUUAUAGGAGGUGGUGAUGGCCAGGCUCUUUACCUCGAUGCAGAUCUGAACCACGGAAGAACCAGCCACUGCAAUACUUUCAAUAAUCAGCCACUGUGCUCUGAAAGCUUCCAAAUCUCUGUCUUGGAGGUGUGGGGCUUCAGGGACACCAUGAAUGGUUGACAUGACUAUCAUUAAUCAAAUAGUUUUUCAAUUGUCUUAGGAUUCCCAACAAAAAUUCGAAUGCAGGAGCCAAGUUAGAACGUAAUUUCUGCUGGGCUCGGUGGUUUUUUAGUAAUUACUAAGCAGUACACUUGAAUGCAGAGCUUAGUUGUUUACUCUUAGUUUAUCUAAGACAGGUCAAGGUGAAGUAAUGUAUCUGAUUAACUCCUUAGCUGUUUACCUCUAGAGAUUUGGAUUCAGGUCCCGUUAUUAGGGUAAAAAUGAAAAUGUAAUGAUUUCAAACCAUCCUAAAUGGAUACAAGUCCAUAUCACGGGAUAGCUUUGUAGUUUGAUGCAAUCCCUCAGAGGCACAGAGCUGGCUGAGGUGUACGGUAGAGCUGUGUGCCACUGGCACUGAUAUCUGGCUUGAGCCAGUAAUAUCAAGUGUCUGCUCCCAGGGAACAUUAAUGACCUCAGAUUUGAUGUAGAACAGUAGUUAAUAAAAUCAUUGCCCUACUAUAAGCAGACAUUGUGCAGACAAAUCAGUACUGUUCCAUAAGUUAUGAAAGCCCUCAGUUCACACAAGAACCAUGAUUGCUAGUUAUCCUUCUCCUUGUACCUGAGCCCUUGACACAUUCCAGUUGCAUGAGGACUCUGCCUCUGAGAAAGGCAUUCAGACUGGACAGCGAUAUCUCAAAGGCGUAAUUUUGUUUACAUUCCUAUUCCAUAUCAGUAUAAUGACUUGAAAUAGGCUCACGUUUCAGGCAGCCAGAGCAUAUAUGCAGCGCUCGGAAACUUCCUUUUCUUCAUCUUUCCUGGAAGCUGAAAUGGAGCUUUAAAUCUGAGAAUAACUGUGCUCAUAUCCCUGCGUGUUUGGGAAAUGAGACAUGGUUGAUACAGAAGCUUAAUGCUCUCCCCACAAGUAAAUGAAGGGAGGUGGUAGGCAGAUCUGUGUAGUAUUAUUCUGGGAGUGGAAGAGUUUCCCAGGAGAACUCUAGGUGACACUGUUUCUCCAUAUCAUGAGUCUUACCAGCAAUGAGAUCCUGAAAAAGGUAAUGCUUUUUUUCCAGCAGUGUUCUAGUAGGUUUGAAUGAUGCUCAUUCCUGAGAAUUUGUAUAGUUCUCUGCAAGCGUGCCUUGUGGCAUGUAUUGUCUGGAGGCAAUUGCCUAGUUAUCUAAUUAUCGGUAAUUAUCAAUUAUCUGAAACUUGUAGUAUCUGUUGCAAAACUUCUCCCACAUGAAGCACAAAUACAUAAACAUCAAUGGAUAGUCCAGAGCAUAUGACAGGAUGCUCUCAAAGCUUUGGUGGGUAAUUCACUAGGAAGACUUAUAACAGGUAAAAUGAACGGAAAAGAGGAAUUGCUGGGUUUUUCAGCAGUUCAAUGUAAAAAAUUGCUUUAGAGCAGGAGAAAUGUUAUUACUACUUAAGCUUGAUGAACAUCAAAAGGAAAAAUUAAAAAUCUGUACUGAUAAAAUCUCAGUUAGGCUGGACAGGGUCAUGUUAAUAUUCAAAGGUCACGGGUGAGUCUUAAUGUUGGCUUGUUUAGCUUGCCAUCAAGGAAGAUACCAUGUGUCUUGGUAAAAUGUUGCCUCUUGCAAAGUACACAAACAAACUUGGCAAAAAUGUGAUUUGCUUCUUAAGGUGCCAUUUUAAAAUUGUCAGAAUAACUUUUUGAAUUACUAGACGGCAUAUACAAUUUAAGAUGUCUUUUGCACCUUUUAUAUUUGCAGUUAGAUUUUGAGAGUCAGUACUGGGCCUCUCUUUCCUACUUCCCACUCUGUGAGUUCUGUCCAGCUAUCUUUUCAUAGGUUUACCGUAAACUUGAUUGAACUGGAAGGAGAGAUAUAAUUCAGUUUUACUUAUGUAUUUUGUUGCGGAAGAACUUGAACAGUCCUGUCUGGCUUUUUACAGAUACUGGCUGAUGCUGCAUCCUAUUAUUUUUCCAAAGCUAGCAGUAUCACUUUGCACUUGCUAGUAUCUCACAAGCUUCCUCAGACAAAAGAAAUCACUCAGAAAAUGUAUCCAGUUCAGUAGGUUCUCUUACAUGUAGGUGGGAUUUCAGUUUUGUCCAUAUCUCCUCUCUUUUGAGCUUGUCUGAGGUGCCCUUGGAAAACAAACCAUAAAACAAAAACCGAAAACACAAUAGCAUUAAUUUUCAGCUUAAGUUCUCAGAAAUUCCCUUGAGCUGUGUGUUGGUAGGAUUUGUGGGAGUUUAGUAUUACAGUCAAAAUGAACAGAUUUUAUCUGCGAAAUCUUUCCUGCAGCUGGCAGUGGUGAUGUGAUUUUUCUUGCUCCCCAUCCGUGCCGGAUGCAGCUAUGUCAGCGAAACCGGAGUACCAUACCAUGUCAAAGAGGCGCUGUUCCUUUUCCUGCUCUGUUCUUAGUGCACCAGGGAUUUGGAUGUUUCAAAUCAGAAAUAACUCAUAGUUGCUCAGAAAUCAUCGUAGGGUAUUAGUGUGAGAAUCCAAAGAGCAGUACUGAAGAAUCAGUGAGGUUUAGGCAUCUGAGUCUCAAGUGUCUUUCAAAAGUCAAAUCACAGACCAGGAGUACAGCUGCUGACACACACACAGAAGGUCCACAGAAGGCCCCUUUUUGGUAGCUUAUCUAGGUGGCCAGCCAGUCUGGCAUGGGGCUAAAGGCAUCUUCAUUCUUAAAGCCAGGCGUUGGGCUGGGUGGCUGGCAGCGUCUCACGGCUGCUGUCUGUGCGUUUGUAACUGGUGUGGGCGUGCUUGGAGCACACACAAUGCCCAGAGCAACUGGAGUUUGCAAAUCACAGCAGGGGCUAAAAGGGCUAAGUCAGCCUUGGCACACGUGUCACAGGGAUGGUUUUAGUUUGAUGCAGCGUUACCCUGCGGUAGGCUUCCUGCAGGACUAGUAUGUGUGUUUUAAAUUUGAACAGACUGAAUAAGCAAGAGGCUGCAAUAAUCUAGCAAGAGGAAUUGCGCGAUGCUGUGUCAUCUUCACCCAGUCCUUUUGUUCACUAAAAAUGAAUGUUCCUUUUCAUGCACAAAUCCUCCCGUGUAAUUCUUGUUAUGGUUGUGGGACACCUUAGAGGAGCAGCAUUGUGACUUGGCUUUCUUUCCAGUAGCAGAGGCAUUUUUUGUGUCUGUGUAGUUGAUGGUUGUUGCUGACCAAGUGUGUAUCAAAGUUCAUGUAAUUAAGCCAACAGUUUGUUACAUGCAAAACUCUUGAGGUGGAGACCACAGACUGGGUUUUAAGACAAUGACUGCAAUGGGCGCCUUAUCAGAAAGUUAUCAGUUAUCUGAAGUACCCCAGUGGUGAAGUGCUUUGGUCAUUGUAACUCUGAACAGCUGUUGAUGUAGUUUGUAGGCCUGAUGGCAGCAAUGACAGCAAGAGUGGAGAGUGCCAGUGUUGCUUGAUGAGCUGUUUGGAGCGGAGCUGGAGAGCUGAAGGCUGGGCAUCAGCUACCACAGUUCUGCAAGAACAUUUUUGCUUUGUAAUAUUCUCCUGAAAGGAGAAAAGACUAGAAACUCCUGACAUCAGAAACUUGAAUUUAUUGUAAAUGGCAUUUCAGCUGUUUCCAAGCCACAGGAACUAUUUCCAGCUGUCAGCCGGGCUGGACAAACUUCAUCACUGCACCCAAACUGUCAUUCCUACGGAUCAUACACUUUGACACACUUCCUUUUCUAAUGAAGCAUGUUAAUUGGCCUCCCAUUAUUAGAAGCCAGUUAGCAAAGGGAAGGGGAAAACUGUUAUUUCCUCUGUGUUGAGAUAACUGAAGAUAAAUUGGAGGGGCGGGCAGGACUAUUCUUUAAAGAGUUAAAUUUCAUGCCAGUAGAGAUACGUGCUUAGCUGUGGAGGGGUGGCACUUGCAGAUCGAUCAACUGCUGUUGGUGUGUGUGCAUUGAAAUUGUGUACUUUGUCCUUGGAAAUCCGUCCUCAUUUUUGAUGGGGAAUGAUCUCCUCUGCCCACUGACCAUACAGUGGUCGUAGAGAUGCUGGUGCCACGGUCUGUGGGGACCAGGAGGUCGCCUGCAGCCUCAGCACUGGAACCGCUCAGCUCCUGCAACCAGCACCCAGAGUCCGGUUGUUGGAUGGAUGGGUGGCUCGGGCACCCGGCUGUUAAUGUUGAGAUGCCUUUCUGCCAGCUCUCUGUUGUGACUUUCAGACUAUUCGUAGUUGAAUGUGCAUAUUAUUUGGGGUGUUGUUUUUCUUCAGAUGAGUGGUAGUGUGCUGCUGAAUGGGUUUUUUACCCUAUCAUUGGAAUCACUGCCCUAUAUCAAUGGUAUUUUUGUCACUGUGCAGGAUUUAUGAUUAUAUUAAAAGUUGUUUGACUGUG